CAUGAAACAAUACAAUGGAUUGUAUGGUUGCACUUAUUGUCUGCAUCCAGGAGAGAUCAAAGCAAAUCAUUCGCGAUGUUAUCCUUUCUUGGACGAAUGUCCCAAGCGGGAAGACGCACAAACCAGACAGUUAAUGGACAAGGUAUCGGCCACUGGUGUUGAAGAAUUUGGAAUCAUGGGAAAAACUGUGUUUACAUUUCUUUCGGAUUUCGACGUGAUUGAAUGCUUCCCGCCUGAUUACAUGCACUCUGUUUUGCUCGGUGUAAUAAAACAGUUAUGGAGUUUGUGGACAGAAAGUGAGAAUCAUAAGCAACCCUUCUACGUUGGUAACAAUUUAGGAGAAAUUGAGCAACGCAUUUUGAGUUUCAAACCUCCGACAGCUUUUCCUAGGUAUCCAAGGCAGCUGAAGGAGCAUAAGAAAUACAAAGCCAAUGAAUGGGAACCCAUCCUUCUCCAUUACUUAUAUCCAGCGUUGAUUGAUAUUUUGCCUCAACAGUACUUGGAUCAUUGUAUGCUGUUAUCAUCAUCAAUCUACCAACUCCUGGAUCCAAAAUUGAACGAUGCAACUAUUUCCUUCUGUGAAGCAAAACUGAACGAGUUUUUGAAACGAUUCGAAAUGUUAUACGGGAAAACCAAUAUGUCAUACAAUGUUCAUUUACUGAGUCAUUUGAUCGGAGCUGUUCGAAACUUCGGAGCGCUUUAUAAUUUCUCGUUGUUUCCUUAUGAAGCAGGGAAUGGAAUGCUCCAAGGCUUUCGAACUGGAAACAAAAAGCCAUUAGUGCAGAUUGAACGCAAAUACUAUAUGGACAAAUUAUGUCAUCGUACCAAUAAGAAUAUCAACUCAAGUGUUCAGGAAUGGGUUUACACAAUGUGGACAAAGCCACGUAAUGUAGCUCAAUUUGAUGCUAAAAUGGUGUACAUUCCAGAAAACACAUUUACAUUUGAUGUUGAUGUUGUCGCGAGUUUAUUUAGUUCUCAUAGUAAAACCCAUAUCAGGGGCUUGAGUUUAUGCACCAGUAGAACAUGUCAAGAUUUCUUGUACGACGAUUCGUGGAUCUUCAUGAACGGCGAUUUUUAUAGGAUCAUAGAAAUUCUUUGUGACGAAAACAAUACCACUUAUAUUGUUGGUCAGCAGCUAGUGUGUGAAAAGUUGUUCGAAAACAUUUAUUCUUACGUACUGACCGAUAUCUUCAAGGUAAUGAAAAUAAACAACUCAAUCGAACAAUGCAUAAACAUGUGCUUGAAACUACCUGGCAGUACUCAUAAUUUUUUAUCGAAGUGUAAAGUCCGUACACAAGUGGAUUGAUCAUUUGUUAUAGGUUUAUAAGCAGAGCAAGGUAAAAUAUUGUAUGCAUAUAAAAUCGAAAACAUGAUUGUUGAAAACUAAGAAAUAAAGAAAAUCUGUAAGUUUAAAA